AUGACAAAACAGGUGGAACAAGAAAGUUUUGAAAUGGUUACGGAAUCUUCAAAUUUUUUAAAAGAUUUAUCAAAUGAUUUUGCAAACCUUUUAACAAACGGCAACGAUUAUGAUGUAAUUAUUCAAGCAGGUGAUGGACCAAAUUCUAAGGAAUUUCGUGCUCACUCUAUUAUUUUAGGAGCAAGAUCAACUUAUUUCCGAACUGCUUUAUCCAAAGAUUGGGCUCACAAAAAAGAUGCGGCUGAUGAAAUUGAUCUUCCAAAACUUUAUAAUUAUAUUCAAUCUUUCAUUGUUGAUGUUGACUUUAUGCAAGAGGAUCCAGUAGAAAUCCUUGAAAUUGUUAUUCAACAUGAAGCUUGCUCAACUCUUAAAGAUUCUUGUCUUGAAAAAAUAUGUAAUCAUCCAAAAAAAUUAUUCGACUCUUCUAAAUUUUUAUCCUUAGAUAAAUCGAUCAUUAUACUUUUAUUGAAAAGGGAUGAUCUUUCAAUUGAAGAAAUUGAGAUUUGGAAAUAUUUACUCAAGUGGGGUAUUGCUCAAAUGGAAACUAAAUUAGAUAUCGAAAAACUUGCGCAAUGGACUGAAGAAAAUUUUGUGGAAUUUGAAAAGAUUCUUCAUGAUUUCAUCCCUCUUAUUAGAUGGUUCCAAAUUCCCGCAAAAAUCUUUUGGAGGAAUGUUAGACAGUUUGAAAAAGUUUUUCCAAAAAAUUUAUAUCAAGAUAUUCUAGGAUACAUAAUUGAUCCUGACACUCCACCUAAUUCUACAGAAACGGGAGAUAGUUUUUUAUUUUCAUUUGCGAGUAAAAACUCGAGAAAUGGGAACAUUGCUCGAGUGACUAAUAAGAUUCAUGCUGUUUCAUAUGUUACAAAAUAUGGACCGUGUUUUGGAGGUGGAUGGGAUUUAGCCAUUGAAAAAGAUCUUAUUAUAAGUUAUAAAGCAUCAAGUUAUUCCGGGAAUAAUUUCUUGUCAUCGAAUAAUUAUCAUUUAGAAGAUUACGAAGUUUUUCAAGUUAUUAAAAAGUGA